UUACACAUAUUUGAAAAUCUUAAACUUCCAAACGAACUUGGCCCGCUCUGUUGUAAUUGCGACAUCUUUUUUUUUUAAAUGACCCAUGGUUCCAAAUCCACUUUUAGUCUUUAACGAGCUCUCUGAUAGGGGUGGGAUUCGGUCGGUAAAUAAUUUACCGUUUACCGAAUUUACCGGUUGUGGUAUACCGAAGUUGGCCAAACUGAUUACCGAUUACCGAUUACCGAUUACCGAUACCGGUUUGUAACCGGUUUACCGAUUACCGAAUUACCGGUAAACGGUUACAAACCGGUAUUGCCGAAAUACCGUGAGAAGCGAUUUCGGGCGGUUUUUCGGUCGGUUUACCGAACCGAAUAUCUGAAAGUGGGGUGAUGUAAUAUUUUGAUUUUCUUGAAUUUUUUUCAUCAUUUUUGUAAUUAAUAAUUUAUUAUUAACUCUUAUUUACAAUAUUUUGAGGCCUAUACUUACAUUCAUGUAUGUAAUAUUUUAUAUUUUUGGGGGUAAAGCAACAAAACGCAGCAUAGCACUAGGGAGUAGGGAGGUGGGAUUCAGUAUCGGUGAUACCGAUUUACCGUCGGUAUUUACCGAUACCGUGUCCGGUAAACCGACUCCCCCAACUUCCCGCUCGGCUGCCGAUACCGCCGGUAACCGUUUACCGCCAGUUACCGGUUCGGUAAAACGAUAAAUCAUUUACCGGAUUACCACCCCUAUUCUCUGAUACAAUUGUUCGCAGUUUUCGAACAGUAAACACUAAGACACUGUAAAUGCCUUAAUGACACGAUUUGUCCAACCGGCUCAUGCCUCGUUAUUUUAUGCGUCGAUCGACGUGUCAAGUCCACCUGCACAGCAGUCGUCGCUAAAAAGAGGCGGGGAAGGGCGGGCGAGAAAGAGAAUAUAAUAAACAAAUAUAAAACCGAUUUUUUAAUAUCCACCACCACCACCAGUGUCCUACCCGCCAUUAGCUGUGCCUCUUUCCCCUUCUUUCCGUCCCCCCGUCCCCGUCUAAAUACCUCUUGGUCGGUCGUUAACUGUAACAAGCCGAAUAGAAGCUCGAAGCUCCAAGAAUUUGUAAGACUACGAUUCAGACGGUAAUUUAUAUUCCGCCGGCGGCGGGUGAUUGAUUGUCGAGAUCAGAGAUCUAUACCUAUUUAUCAAUUCCGGGGAUCCUUGGUUGGCAGUUGAGAUCUUCUCAAUUCAAUCGAAUGGCGGAGGACAAGUACAAUCUGAAGAACCCAGCCGUGAAGCGGAUCCUGCAAGAGGUGAAGGAGAUGCAAUCGAAUCCGUCUGACGAUUUCAUGAGCCUUCCUCUCGAGGAGAAUAUAUUCGAGUGGCAAUUCGCCAUCAGGGGUCCUUGUGAUACCGAGUUUGAAGGCGGGAUUUACCAUGGGAGAAUCCAGUUACCCGCGGAAUACCCCUUCAAGCCACCUUCAUUUAUGCUUUUGACUCCAAAUGGUCGAUUUGAGACUCAAACGAAGAUAUGUUUAAGCAUAUCGAAUCACCAUCCAGAGCAUUGGCAACCGUCAUGGAGUGUGAGGACAGCUCUAGUAGCUCUUAUUGCAUUCAUGCCAACCAACCCAAAUGGUGCAUUGGGAUCGCUAGAUUACAAGAAGGAUGAGAGGCGUGCGCUAGCUAGCAAAUCUCGUGAAGUAGCACCAAGAUUCGGUACUCCUGAGCGUCAGAAUCUCAUUGACGAGAUUCAUGAAUAUAUGCUAAGCAAAGCACCACCGGUCCCUCAGCCAGACGUCUUACAGUCUUCAGAAGAACAUCCAACAAAUACAGAGGACGAAGCACCUAAAGAGACUGCUGCUGCUGCUGAAGAACUUGCCAACGCCGGUCCUAGUGAAACCCAGGUCACGGCAGAAAGGAUUGUGGAAGAAGUACCCGAGGCUCUUGUUCCCAUUGAUAAUCCUCCUGUUCAAGCCGUAAUAAGGGCAGCGACUCUGGAAGUGCCUCCGGCAAGAAGGCCGAGCGAUCAAAUUCGGCAUAGAGCGGCAGUCCAAAGCCCUGCUGCUGGUGCUGACGAUAGGCUCUUCACAUGGGCUGCUGUGGGGCUCACCAUCGCCAUAGUGGUUCUGCUACUGAAGAAGUUCUUGAAGUCUAAUGGGCACAGUCCAGUUUUCAUGGACGGGUCCUAGAUUGUCUCGGAGUGGUGGUGAUGGUAAGGGAUGGCAACACAUGGAAAAGAGGGAAGUAAAUCUCUUCUUUUGCCUUAUCUUGAUUUGCGACAAAAUUUGUAAUGUAGUUUUAUCAUCCGCUUAAGAUAUUCAUCAUUUCCCGUGUCUGUAAUUAAUAAAAAUGUAGAUGAAUGAACUUAAUUCCUAAAUUGGGGUUGUUUUAUGUCUUUGUUGUAUAACCAAUUGGUUUUGAUUUGGACAGUCUUUGCCCUAAGGCUCCUGACCUCUGAGUAUCUGCUGGACAUGGAAUUCCUUCCUGAUCUAUUAUUUUUAUUCAAAAAAUAGAUGCAUAAUAUUUCAGUUUUCAUUCACAAUAAAGUGAAGCGAUAGAUCUACGUGAUGAAUGCAAUUACCAAUCUAUACACGGCCUGAUCUAUGAGAUUAAUGCAAUUUUCUGAAGUUUAUACCUUGCAUAUGCCACCAGAAGAAAGAGCCCAUUCUACCAUAAAAAAUAAGAAAGAGCCUUGUUUGUGCAAUUGGUCGCAGUUAUCAGGGGUUUUAACCUCACAUUAUUAAUAACACAGAGUUGGAGUGUUUCUAUAGCGUCAGUAUAUUUUAAUUAUUUCGAUGGAAAAAUAAUUUAAAAUGUUCAUUGUUUGGUAAUUGAAGGAUAAUAUUUAGUGAAAAAAUUAUUUAUAAGGGUAUUUGAUAUAAUAAAUGAAAAGUAUGAAAUGAUAGAGUAUGAAGAUCCGGGAAGGCCAGGUCGACGAUGUUCUGGGUGGCACGAUCUUGGAGGAGAUUAGAAAUUUGAGAGAUUCGUUCCAGGUAUUUAACAUCCGUCUUCAAACCACAUCCAAUUGUCUUUUCAACCAUCACUCACAUGAAAAACAUGAUAAUUAUGAUCUACAAAUUAAUAUGUACUUUUCGAAAAAGAAAAUUUUAGAUAACUUCCAUCGCAUUUUAUACCAUUAAAAUAUUCUUCCCACACUGCAUUAUAAUUUUUUAUAAUAAUAAUAAUAUAGUAUAAAAAGAUAAAGGAUAC